UCACUCUUAGGUUAGAUGGCCGGAUUGCCAUGGGCGUUUAAAGUAAUAGAAAAGGAUAUGAUUCUCUCUCCUCUGCGUAUUUCAUCCGGUGGAGAGAGAAAAGCUUCGGUUUCGGACAUGAUGCUUUCUUUAACCCCAUCGAACUGCACCCGGAUGGGUGCUCUUUCUCUCUCUAAAACCUCGUUCCUUUCACACGGCCCCUUCCCCUGCAAACUAAGCGCCACUUCUCGUAGAGAGUUUGCAGAUAGGCCUCUACUAUUUGCUUCACGAAAGGACCUGAAUCAGUUCAUCAUAUCGAGCUUAAAAUCUGAGAACAGAAAAGGCCAACCAUCUCGAAGAAAUACUGGGAAUGAUGAAGUCGGUAAGGAUAAAGAGCAGUCAUCUGAUGGAGAUCUCUCGGACUCUUCAAGUCAAGAGGAAAUUAUUGCCCUAUUUAGACGCAUACAGUCUUCGAUCUCCAAAGGAAGUCCAAGAAGCACCAAUAAGAGUAUUACAGAUGACUCAAAAAUCAAACAAUCGGCUGACUCUGUUUUGCAUGCUCUUCGUCAGUACCCAGCAAGGAAGCUGAACAAAGAAGCUACCAGUGGGCAGGGCAAAGAUGUUCGAGGCAGAGGCGCUUUGAGAAGAGGAUCCCUUAACAAAGAUCAGAAAGACGAAGAGCCGAAAACAGAUCAUUUCAAAUUGUCAAGACCUGCAUCAAAUUUCGUGAAGAGAUCACCAAUCCCAUCUUCAUUGCCUAGAGAAAAGGUUGAUGAGAAGGCAUUGGCGUCUGGGGCCAAGACCGUGGACAAUGCGUUGACUUCAAAGACAAUGGACGAUAUGAAGCUUAUGGAGCUGCGGAAAUUGGCAAGAUCACACGGGAUGAAGGGGUACUCAAAGUUGAAGAAAGGAGAACUGUUGGCACUGAUGAAGAAAGAGUUGUUACAGUGAUCUUUUUUUUUCCUAACAUGUAUCCCUUUUGUAUGGAUGCUCCUCGAAAUUUGUGUUUGUUUUGAUGCUUCCUAAGUAGGAGAGAUACUAGCCCCGUGAAAAUUCCUGCCUGCCUCUCCCUCACCCUCUCCCUCUCCCUCACCCUCACCCUCUCCCUCUCCCUCACCCUCUCAUAUGAUACCUUCAGUUUUCAGGCUUUGCCAACUUUCAGCUGAUAUACAUCGGAUUACCAAACAAAUCCACAAUUACAGUCAGAGAGAGUUGAGACUUUGGAAGGUGAAGCAACUGAUGUAGCCCUAAUCUAUCCUUGAUGUUUCUUACCUGCCACCCGUCCUGACUAUUGGCUUUAUGCCCAGUUUUGAUGUAACUUUUGGUACAGAAUGAUUUCAUUCUUUUAGGCCCUUUUUAAACGUCCUUAAUAGGUGGUAACCAUGUAAAUUAUUGCACUAGAAUGUGUGGUGUGCCAACUUAGCUUGCUAGGAGCAAGGUCGAGGAACUCAGUCUACUAGCGAAAUGCUGCCGAUAGCAAAGUUUCACCCGAGAUGAUUUAGAAUUGUCCGAUUGGCUUAUUGCUGGCAAGGGAAUCAAUCCGGUGCUUCCCCGUAAUCGGGUUCCCAUUUCUUGUUUAAAGGGCCUCUUAUUUUUCUCA